UGGCGUGGCUGUCCGUCUGCCCGCCUGUCGGUGAGACCCCGUGAGUGGGGCAGGGAGGAGGCUCUGUCCUGCGUGCGCUGGCCCCGAGUAUGCUCCGGGCUGUGCCAUCUCACUUCUUCCCGUGUCUUUAGUUCUGUCUUGGGGUUGGAUUUGGGUGAUCUUUAAGGUCCCUUCUAGUCCGAGCCGUUCUCUGCUUGGCGUGUAGCUGAAGUGAGCAGGGGUGGAUGCAGCGGCGGCGGGGUGUGUGUAUCCACAGGAGCCCCGAACACAGCGUCCACACUGCAUUUCACUUUGUUCAAGCUACAGAUGUGGCAUCAUGCUGAUGUGAUGUGGGCAGCAAAGGUUUCUCUAUGUUUGAGUUAGUACGCUGUUUCUGUUAUGCAAUUAGCAAUGCACCUCAUAUGCUAGGAUGACUUUUUGGCAGGCAAAUGUAAUUUAGUAUUCUAAGUGUAGUGAUUUUUGGCUCCUGCAUUCACAUGCCUAUGCCUGUAUAGUGAACAAGGAUUUAUGUUCCUAUUCAUAAUCUUAAGUUUCUGGCACUAAAAAAAGGCAAGCUGUAAACCAGCUGCAGCUGCUUGUGCUCCCCCCGCCUUGAAAACUGGUGUGUUGCUUCCUCUUCUGGGGAUUUGAGAAACAGAAGUGAAGAAAUCUCUCCUAAAUCAUCGUUGCAGUUCUGUUUAGUUAGUGCUGAUUCUUCUAGGUUUAGUUGUUUUAAAACGUAUUGGUUUGUGUGUGUUUUAAGAUAGAUGGGGAUCCUGGUUGUCUAGAAGAAACAGGCAUUUUUCUGUCUCUCUGUUGUUGGGCUGUUCAAAUACAAGUAUAAUUUUGUAGAAAGUAAUUAGUGUUUGAAAACAAAGUGUUUCUUAUUUCACACGGUUUUUGCAGCAUGUAAAGUCGUGUUUAAAAUAAGCAGUUAUAGUUUCUAUGUGAUGGAUGGGAACAAAAUCAUAAAAAUAAAGAAAGCCCAUUGUGGUCAUUUCCAUUUACAAAUGGGAAGGUAAUGAAGCAUAGGCUUUUAUGUUUUACUGUGGAAGAAACCCUCCUCCCUGGCUUUGUUGUUACUCAAUGUUUAUACUUGUUCUUUUAACGGAUUUGGAAGAAAUUGAGUCUUUUUCUAUCAACUUUUUAAAAGAUAAAAGUGUCUUCAUUUGUGGGGAAUAGAUUCAUACUGGUCAGCUUCUUAGUGUUUUUUUUUUUUUCUCCACUCAAAUGUAUGCAUUAAUGUUAGUAUACUUGCACAUUAUUAAAGACAAACUCUAAACUGGACAGUAACAUCGGUUCAGAAUCAUCUUCACUGUAAAAAUAAAACCACUUUGUGUGUGACUGGAAAACGAAUCAAUAUGCAUACGCUGUUGAAAAUUCCCUGUCGGGCUCCAGGCUUGAUGGGGUCAGCAUUUUCUUGCAUGUUUUUGAUUCAAGGAAAACCAGGUAUACUCAAUUCCCUUAGCAGUAUAUGAUUGGAGAGUGUUUUUGGUUUGUUUUGUUCCCCACCUGGUAAUGAACUGAGAUAUAUGAGACUCAGUUUCUAUCAGUGACCUGAUUUGAGCCUGGAAGUGACAAGGAAAGCAGGGUAAUCUUUCAAGGGCUUGUCUGGUAUCUUUUCAUUAGGUAGUUACAGUCACACUUUUUAAUAAACUGAUAGGUUUGGGCACAUUGGUGUCUGAGAUCUAUUGAGUGAAUAUUUUAUUUAAUUAGUUGUGAUUCUUGAGUAUUUUUUUCUGAAUGAUGAAAAUAAAUGAGCGUAGACACAGAAAGUAAUCAGUGGCCUGUAUUAAUAUUUGGUUUAAAUUUGUAUAUUUUGGGAUAUUAAAAUUUUUAUUUUCAGCAUUUUGUCAUAAUAAAAACAAAUGCAGUGUUCUUAAGCCAACCCGUAAGAGUUACUCUGUUUACUGAAGUAUGCAUCUUUUUCCUGUUUAUGCAUGCUUAUGAAGUGUGACACAAAAAAAAACAAAACAAAAAAAAAAACACUUGUUUUAGACAAUACCUUCCUGGUAUUUUCAUAACUUACCCCUGACGAAUACAGUUGCCCCAGCUUUAAAGGAAGGUAUACUGUGGGCUGUUGUACUGUAAGUAGUUUGAAGAUAGUUUUCAUGGCCUGUUUUAAAGCUGUAAACCCCAGAAUAUUUAAUACAACUCUCACCCCUAUUUAGAAAAUAUGGUUGCCUGCUUUAUAUGUGUUCAGACAUGCAGGACCUGUAAAAUGAUGCCUAUCAUGGUGCCUGUAACUUUCUUCCUCAUACAGCAUAAAGUACUAUAGAUAUGUAGAAUACGUGUACAGUUUUUCUCAUUCUGUAGUAAAAACAUGGAGUAAGAAUUCAUUAGAAUGAUUUUAGAAAAAACAGUUUUGUAGUAAAGUAAAGCUAUUCAAAACUAAUUGAAUCAAUAGCUAUCUUGUGUGAGUAUGCAUCAGUGCAUGUACAGCUAGUUACAUUUGUAAUUGCUUGGGAAACCAGAGACUUCUUAAAUCUUCAAACAAAAAUUUUGAGCAUGUCUUAAGCAUUGUGAAACUUAAGAAUCCAACUGGCAUCUUGGGUAGUACCUCAGUUUAGAAAACCUAGGUUGCUUAGGUACCUUUGUGUGUUCAUGCCUCUGCUUCUCUUUAUGACUACACUCAUAAGAGCUUCAGGCUGAGACCCUUAAAUCAAGUAUGUACUUGGAGGCUAUAUGUGUGUGUUGGCGUUUAGGUUCAGAGCAACAGCAUUAUUUUGAAGUGAAUUCUUAGUCAUCCUCACAUACUGCUCUGCAGCUUUGAUAUAAAUGAAGUAGACCUCUUUCAGAAGAACCUAAGCUAGAAUGGUAUCGUAGGAAGGUUAAUGACACUCCAGGAGCAUACCAAAUGUACUCCAACUCUAGAUGUAAAGAACUGAACCAAGGGUUGGUUCUCAGACAACUUUAAAACACAUGCAUUUUAAGGAUUCUCAGUCCAGUGAACCAGAUUGAAUGGGAUUUAACAUAAGCUCCCUGGACUACUAAAAAACUAGAAGUGGGGACUUCUGUAACCACCUGCUUUGCUCUGCUGGCUUGUUGCUGCUCUGCUGUAGUACUGUACUUACUAAUAGACAGCCUAGUAGCUCAUGUGAGUAGAUCUCAAUUUCAGUAAGUAAUCUAGCAAGUAAGGACCACUUAUGUGCCACCUUAACUGCAUUCACUUCUAACACGAUUUUGAGUUCUUGAAAGCUGUCAAAGCUUGGAAUUCCUUAAGCAGCUGCUGAGCUGUGACAUGGAGAAUAGUUCAGUGUUGUAUCUUCUGAGGACAAAUGCAUACAGAAUGCCACCCAAAAGGUUGCUUUGGUUUUGUUUUUUGAAAGGUACUUGCUCAUUGAUAUCUUACUUCAAAUAUGUUUUACUGAAAUAUCCCAGUAGAUGGAUUUAGAUGUUGUUUUUUAGUUGCUUAAAAAACAAAACAAAAAAAAAACUCUAAAUGAGGGCAGAUUAAGAGGGUUUUUUAUUAUUUAUUAAUAUCUACAUUACUUGUAUUUUUCUGCUUAUGUUUGGAGUGUCUAUAUUUAUCUUGUACAUUUUGAUGAUUCUAAGAAGUGACAAAUAUGUUCUAAUAUUAAAUGAAUAUUUCAGGAGAGCCUAUGGGGAGUAAAUCUAUCUCUAGCCAAAAGCUGAACUUUGACAGGGAGGUGAGUGGAUCAUGAAGUGGCAGUAAGGCAUAAUUAAGGCCAUAAUUCUGAAAAAUUGUCUGGGAUUUGUUGCAUGUGACUCUACCAGGUGCUCUCUGUGGCUGUUGUAUUGCAGCAGCUUCAUGAGAGGUCUGUAGCCAUCUUGUGUGGGAUUCACCUUGCUUAUCUGCAGAUGUCAGUGGAGCAGAUAGCAGCAUCAGAGCUAGCUACUUUCUUCUUUGUAUAAUUACCAAAGGGAAGGAGGCAGGCACUCACAGGCUGCAUUUCAUCCAACCAACUAUGGGAAUAUAUUUUAGAUUGAGAUGAAUCACCCUAAAAAUGUUAAAUUUCAUUUAACCAACUGUAUGAGCCUAUUUUAGGUUGAUAUGAAUCACCCUAGAAAUGUCUGCUACUCUCCAAGAGGCCCUAGAAUGGUUAGUUCAGAUGUGGACAUAACUGUUUGCUUGGAGGCAUCGCACCUUUUAUGGCUGGUGGAGUUUGGCCAUAAGCCUUUCCUAAUAGCCUGUGUUUGUUUAGGAAUUGGAAACCUUAAAAUCGCUAGUGGUACAGACGGCUCAGAAAUGUGGCAUCUGUUUAGAAAAUACUAUUGUCAGUAAUUAGAAACGUAGAAACGAGUCUUUUAAUACAUUGCAUGGGUUUCACACAGAACAAUUACUGAAUGUAUUUUUCCACAACUGUAUAAAUUUAUAACCAUUAUUUAAAUGUUAGGUUUUGCCUGAUUAAUUCUAAUAUGUUUAGUGAGAACAUAUAAUUUUUCAUGUGAUAUGUUUGUAUGGGCUUUCUUUUUUCAUAGAGACAAUGCUUAUAACGCUGUUUUUUGUUUCUAAUAUUACAUUUGACUGUCCUGAUGUACAUACCUAAUAUGCUUCUUCAGUAUUUUUAAGAUAAGUAUAUAUGUUUAAUACUGAGAACCAAGCAGAUCAUAAAUAGUGCCUUGAAAACAUAUGUCUAUUUGCUCAGUCAACAGUAUGCCAGGGCCUUAGCAAAAGUGUGAAAUUAUUAAUAGCAUUAGUUUAAAAAAAAGUCAAUUUGAAUUUUGUUAGUCUUGCAAUCCAAGCUACUGUAAAUAAUAGCCUUUGGAGGAGCAAAACAAAAUAUAUCUAGUUGAACUAAACUGUUCCGCGCACUCUUUUCAAAAGUAACUAAUGAUUUUAAUCAUCCAGGAAAAUAAAUUUGUAAUAAAGAUGGUCUUUGUGGGUUCAUGAAACAAGAGUGGGAGCCAUUUAGUUUCGCUUCAUGUGUUCCUAGAAAUGCUUGGUUUUAAUGGUAUGAAACCAUUCACAGAAAAGGAAAAUAUAAGGAGGUCCCUCAGCUGCACAAACAAAAGGAAGUGGUUUAGGAAGCAGGCUGGCCAUCUGUGUGCAAAGGAGUAUUUAGAUAAUUUCUCAAUAGAUGGAAGCCCGUGCAUUACUUCUGGAGUCUCAAGCCUCAUGAAUCCAAUAACUAAGACUGUUACUGCUUCUUUCAACGCUUCUGUGGCUGAGAUUCCAAGGAAGCGCAAAGGAAGUGAUUCUGAUAACCAGGUUGCGGUUGAAGUUGAUGGUGAUCCUCAGAAAAGGAGUGAAGAUGAAGAACAUCUUAAGAUAAAAGAUUUCAGAGAGGCUCACAGUCAAACAGAGAAACGAAGAAGAGACAAAAUGAAUAAUUUGAUAGAGGAAUUGUCUGCUAUGAUACCCCAGUGCAACCCCAUGGCACGAAAACUAGAUAAACUUACAGUUUUACGGAUGGCUGUGCAACACUUAAAAUCUUUAAAAGGUUCCACUAGCUCUUAUACCGAAGUUCGAUAUAAACCUUCAUUUUUAAAGGAUGAUGAGCUCAGACAAUUAAUCCUUAGGGCAGCAGAUGGAUUCCUGUUUGUGGUUGGAUGUAACAGAGGAAAAAUUCUGUUUGUCUCAGAAUCAGUUUGCAAAAUACUUAAUUAUGAUCAGGCCAGUUUAAUUGGACAAAGUUUGUUUGAUUACUUGCAUCCAAAAGAUGUUGCCAAAGUGAAGGAGCAACUUUCAUCUUCAGAUGUCUCUCCCAGAGAAAAGCUUGUAGAUGGCAAAACUGGCUUGCAAGUACACACAGAUUUUCAAGCUGGACCAGCUCGACUGAAUUCUGGUGCUCGACGUUCCUUCUUCUGUCGGAUAAAAUGUAGUAGGACCACAGUCAAAGAAGAGAAGGAGUGCUUGCCCAACCCAAAGAAGAAAGAUCACAGGAAAUACUGUACCAUUCACUGUACUGGGUACAUGAAGAACUGGCCUCCUAGCGAGGUGGGAGUGGAAGAGGAAAAUGAUGUGGAAAAGGACAGUAGUAACUUUAACUGUCUUGUUGCAAUUGGGAGGUUACACCCUUACAUUGUUCCACAAAAGAGUGGAGAGAUAAAAGUCAAAGCAACAGAAUUUGUUACACGAUUUGCCAUGGAUGGAAAAUUUGUUUACGUAGAUCAGUGUGCAACAGCAAUUUUAGGGUAUCUGCCACAAGAGCUUCUAGGAACUUCUUGUUACGAGUACUGCCAUCAAGAUGAUCACAAUCAUCUAGCUGAAAAACAUAAAGAAGUGUUGCAGAAUAAAGAAAAAGUAUUUACAAAUUCCUACAAAUUUAGAGCAAAAGAUGGGACAUUUGUUACUUUAAAGAGUCAGUGGUUUAGUUUCAUGAAUCCGUGGACCAAAGAACUGGAGUACAUUGUAUCAAACAACACUGUAGUAUUAGGUCACAAUGAGUCUGCUGAAGAACAGGUACCCUAUGCUUCCCAGCCUACAGAAGAUGCUGUUAAACAAUCUUUAGUGAGUGUACCUGGAAUGUCCUCUGGAACGGUUCUUGGUGCUGGCAGUAUAGGAACCGAAAUUGCAAAUGAAAUAUUAGAAUUGCAAAGGUUGGAUUCUUCACCAUCUGGGGAGUUAAGUCCAUCACAUCUCUUGAGAAGGUCACCUUCUCCAGCUUUAACUGUAAACUGCAGCAAUGUGCCAGAUAAGGAGUUGACUCAGUUAUGUCCUUCAGAAGUAGAAGUUCUACAGACUUCAGAACAAAAUCAGGGUGCUAUUCCAUUUCCGAGUAAUGAACCUCUCCUCAGUGGUAAUUCUCAGCUGGACUUCACAAUAUGUGAAAAUGAUGACACUGCUAUGACUGCUCUUAUGAAUUACUUGGAGGCUGAUGGAGGACUUGGAGAUCCAGCUGAACUCAGUGAUAUACAAUGGGCUCUCUAGUUUUGCUUUUUUUGAAAUAAGGAGGAAUUUUAAGUCCUUAAUGCACAACAACCAUACAUCCUCAGUACUGUAUUAUGACUUUUUUAUUGUUGCAUUUGAAUUCAUACAUACUAUCAAUAUAUUUUUAAAGACUGAAGCCUUGUUCACAGACAGUUUCUGCUGCAACGAUGGAAAAAUGCAGUAUUUUUUUUAUGAUGGGGAACCUUGACGUUUUAAUACCGAAGUAUCUGUAACUGGAAUGCUUAAAACACAGCUAUAUUUUUUCUAAGAAGCUUUAACCAAAAGGUACUGUACAAUGUACAGAAUAUUUUUUCUUAAAUUUAACACUUUUAUUUAUUUUUUGUUUCAAAUGAGAGAAUAUUGGUUAUCUGUGUUACUUUCUCUAGAACCUAGUCUACUUACAGAAUCUAAAAAUAUUUAUAACUAUUAAAUUUCAUUAAAAUGAUAAUAUGCACACACUACAGUUGUAAAAUAAGGUUUUGUAAUUCUUAAGUGAUGCAGUUUGUGAUUCCUUGCUCUUUCAGAAGUGCAGUUUUUGUAGUCAAAAGUGAAAAUGCAGCAUACAAUUCUGCGAGCAAGGAUUAGACCAUCAUACCAAUUGGAAGAAAAAGUUGUGAGGAAAAAUAAUUUCAAUCAUCUGCCAGUACACAAACAUGAGAAGAGUAUGAGAAAAGAGAAACAAAAUCUUUGCUACAUUGUAUUAUUCAUAAAGUAUUACUAGAGGGGCAAUGCAUGGAACCUAAGAAAAGUAAUGCUGUAACUGUAAUAAAGCACUUUAGUCUCAUCACUAAUUAUUUGCUAACUAGAGAAUUUUGACCAGAUUGUCUUAGUUCCAGAAUGAGGAUAGAUAGCAUUGUCUAUUAGUGGAAAAUGUUAAAAUUCUGUAGAAUCUUUUAUAGUAUCUAUGUUUUGGAGAGAUAGGUGAUUUCAUAUUUCUUGACUUUUUAAAAUACUUGUGUAAUACAGUGCUGUCUAUAAGUAAAUGCUAUAUAGAAUGAUCUUCUGAGGAACAGCUUUUCCAAGACCUGUAUACCAGUUACAGCAGAUUACUCAAGAACAUGGCGUUAAAUGGGUUGCUUUAAAGCCAUAUAGCAUUAAUAUAUAAAGUGUAUCUUUUUCUUUCUGAUAUUAAAGGUAUAGAUAAAUGUGUGUGUCAGUUAUAUAUCAUAAAAGCAUACUUUUUUUUUUUUUAAUUAAUUCACGUAAUGAAAGGAAAGCCUUCAAAGAUGUUUGAUAUGUGUGCAUCUUUGUUUAAUACAAACAUUAAAACUUGACCACAGGUACUGCUGUAAGCACUCUUACAUUUGUUUGAACUGUAAAGAUGAGCAAUAGGCAGCCCUUUUCAGAUUUUACAAAGGCUGAAGUGUGAACAAAAGAUAACUUCUCUAAGUAGCCGCCAGAUGUCAUGCUUCUAUUGUUGGAUGACUACCCUUUCAUGAAUGAAUACAAAAUUUUGUUGUACAUUGACUUGCUAUGCUUUGAUGGAGCAGCUUUAUAUCUUAUAGAUAUGGAUUGUUUCAGAAAUGAUGAAUUUUUGGUGACAUCUUGUACAAGUUUUCUAGAAUGGCUUGUUGGAUUUAUUUUUUUUCUGUCUUUAGAUAUUUUGCACUGAACUUGCAUGUCAUUUCCUGCAUUCACAGUUUUUUAAAGACAUGGGGCCAAAAUUACCUGUUGUUUAGCUUUAUUGGAAUAAACUGUUCUGUUUCUUCACAGAAAAUGAGUUUGGGACUAUAUCAUAAAGCAAAGUGAGAAGAAUAAACAAACAUUUUCUAAAAAUCGAUCGAAUUGUACAACUGUAAAAUAAGAAUUGCAAUUUUUGCCAUUAUGAAAUGUAUUUUUCAUUUUCUAUGUUUUUGACCAUUAAGGUAAAAAUCAAUUAUAAAUAAAAUAAGAAGUACUGUGGCUAGCACAGAGAAAUAAGUAAAUACAUGACUUAAUAUUGCACAGACUCUUUACAACAUGGUUUGUUUUUUAUUCUGGAUUAGUUUGAAAAUGGUGUAGAUGUUGUUAUUGAAGGAGCAUAAUAAUUAUUUAACAAGAUCUAUAUAACCUUCUAGAAUUAAACCACUGGUUUGCAUUCUUACUACAUUUUCCUAAAAAUAUUAAUAAUAAUAAUAAAAAAAUGUAACAGUCAUUUGCAGUCAGUGAUCAAUAUUGUAUGUCUCAAUUAAUUUUUAGAUUUUCUCUUUAAUGUUUGCAAAAUUUUCUGGUUUAAAGAAGUCCUAGAACAAAAAGUGUCAUUUGUAAAUAUUUAUGACGAAUAAAGAGGUGAAAUUUUUAUGUACUUUUGAAUAUAGUUGAGGUAGUUGUACUUAUUUCUCUUUGUACAACAAUAUAAUUCUAGUAAGAUAAGGACAGAUUUUUUUUGACUUGGAACAGGUUAUUGGAGGAUGUGAUGAAAUCAGGUUAAUAAAAUGUUAUUUUUAUGCACAGCU